AUGCCGAGAAGCUCGCUUAUCACUCGCUGCCUGACAGUGGCACUGAUACUGACAGUGACACUGACCCUGGGCUCCUCCUCUGAGCUUGAAGCGGGAAUGGUAAGAAAAGCAGCUCGCCCUCGCCUCAAUCCGACAGUACCACCCGCACCGCGCUGGGGCGCCAAUAUGCAAAUGCUGCGCAGGCACAACAGUGCUGCCUUCAACUUCUGGACGGAGGAGAGCGACACGAACAUCUGGGAGCACUGCGGCCUCUUCGAGGGCGACAUAAUGCUACACCGGGAGCUGCUGCGGAACGGGCUGCUGAACGAACGCUUGACCUGGCCCGAGGCGGCCAUACCCUUCUACAUUGAUCCGCAGGAUUUCACUGCCAACGAGACGAUGGUCAUACUGAAGGGCUUUAAGGAGUACCACGAACGCACCUGCAUCCGCUUCCGGCCGUACGAGCAGGGCGAUAAGCACUGGCUGAUGAUCAAGGGCAACUACUCUGGCUGCUGGUCUAGCGUAGGCCGGCGGCAGGGAGGUCAGGUGCUCAACCUGAACACCCCCAAGUGCGUGACCCACGGCGUGGUGGUGCACGAGCUGCUUCAUGCCCUGGGCUUCUACCACCAGCAGAGCGCCACGGAACGGGACGAAUACGUGAAGAUUAACUGGGAAAACAUCCUCGACGGGCAUGCGCACAACUUCAACAAGUACGCCCGGACGCACAUCACCAACUUCGGCGUGGAGUACGACUACCAGAGCGUCAUGCACUACAGCUCCCGAGCAUUUAGCAAGAAUGGUAAGGCGACCAUUGAACCACUGGAUCCAUACGCCUCUCUGGGCCAGCGGCGUGGUCUCUCCGACAAAGACAUCUCGAAGCUGAAUGAGAUGUACGAGCAGGACUGCAACGAGGGAUAUCUGCUCAAUUUCGACCGCUUCGGGAGCUACAUCGACGAACUGCUCGACUACUUCCAGGACGUGUUCGGCUAG